CAAAUCAGUUCUGUUCGUCUUCCUCUUCCUCUCGCCAUAACCGCGAAGUUUUCACUCCCCACUCCCAAUUUUCUAACUCCGUCGCCUAUAUAUAUAGUGAAGGUCUCAGUUUAGUCGAAUCCGUUGCUUUCUCUCUCCGUCGUUGUGUUUGCUCUGCAACACCGACGACGGUGGUGCCAAUGAAGCUUGGUUCGGAUGUCGCAUUGGAAGCUUUGCCUGAACUAGCCGACUCCGAGGUUCAAAUCCGAGAUGUUCAGGAGCAGGAGUCCGGCGUGGAUAAUCCGGUCGGAGCAAACAUGGAAAUCAACGGUACAGCGUCGAUCGGUGAGUUGUCUAGCGUUAGGUUUCGUGAUAGCAAGGGAAUUGUGGUGUACACGAGGAGUAAGAGGUUAAAGACGGCCGCUGCGACUGAUGGCGGUGCCGGAUUAUCUGGCCUGCAGGGCGGUAGAGGUGAAGGUACGAGUGAGAUGAGGUGUGGCGGUGAUGCUGGAAAUUCGAAUGAGCUGAAUCUUUAUUUGGAUGGUAACGGGGUUACGAUUUUGGGCAAGUCGGGUUUGGUGACUUGUAACGGUGAUGGGAAGCAUGAGAACGUAAAUUUGGUGAGUGAUUUCAGCGGAGAGGGUGAGAUGAGUGAAAUGGUGGAGGUGGAAGUCAAAGAAGAGUCAACGGAAGUGGUGAAGAAUGCUGCGGGCAAGCUAGUGCUAAGGCGUUUUACUCGUUCGGCUUUUCAGUUGAAGGUGGAAGUGGCUUCGGAAACGGAGAAUGAAGAUGUUGUGGAAGCUGUUGGAGACGAGAAUGGUGUUGGGACUGCCUUGGGUACUCCUACUAAGAAGCUAGAGAUGAAAAUGUCAAAAAAGAUCGUUCUAAAAGGAAAGCCAAGCACUGUUAGGGAGCUUUUCGAGACUGGCCUGCUGGAAGGAUAUCCAGUCGUCUACAACGCUGGCAAAAGGGGAGUUCUGCUUCGCGGAAUAAUUAAAGAUGUUGGAAUUCUGUGUUCUUGUGGGAUGUGCAAGGGAUCCAUAGUUGUCCCUCCUUGUAAAUUUGAGAUUCAUGCAUGUAAGUCAUAUAGGCGAGCAUCACAGUAUAUCUGCCUUGAAAAUGGGAAGAGCCUCCUUGAUGUGGUUAAGGAGUGCAGGAAAUGUUCAUUAAAGACAUUGGAAGAAACAAUUCACAGUUUUAUUGGGCCGGCUCCUGUAAAGGAAGCCAUUGUCUGUCAGAAUUGCAAGGUGCCAUUCCUUACAACAUCUGCUGCAAAUCUUCAACUAUGUGAUUCAUGCUUGAUUGUUACAAGAUCAGAAGAUGAAGUGGGGACAUCUGAACCAGUUGAGAACUUACACUCCCUUGCAAGUGUCAAAUUUCUUGCUUCGUCCAUGGUUAAUACUAAAGGGAGGAAAAAGAGAAAGGCCCUGGAUUUGGCUUCAAAUGGAAAGGCUCCUCUGAGAUCUUCAGAGCGUAUAUUGCCAAGACAAAAGGAUCUAUCUGAGAUGUCAAAGAUGUCAAAAAAAGGGUUAUCAGAACCAGCAUUUGUUUCGAAGGCAACUGGAAAUGCUUCCAAACAUUAUCCUUUCAAAAAGAAGAUGAAGGGGAGAAUCUUGAAAAAAUUUUCCAAGUCCAAUGCAGUGAUGAAGUAUGCAAAAGGCUCUACAGCAGGCACUUCUAUUCAAACCAAGAAUCAGUGGAAAAUAACCAAAAAGGAUCAAAAGAUGCAUUGGAUGGUCUUUGAGGAAGGUGGUCUGCCUGAUGGAACUGAAGUAGCUUAUUAUUCUCAUGGAAAGAAGUUGCUUGUAGGUUAUAAGACAGGGUUUGGUAUAUUCUGUUCUUGUUGCAAUACUGAGAUCAGUCCAUCACAGUUUGAAGCUCAUGCUGGUUGGGCCUCUCGGAAAAAGCCCUACAUGUAUAUUUACACAUCUAAUGGAGUGUCCCUCCAUGAAUUCGCUAUAUCUCUACUAAAAGGUCGCAAUAGUUCAGUUAAAAACAGUGAUGACUUGUGCAUUACAUGUGCUGAUGGUGGGAAGCUUGUGCUUUGUGAUGGAUGCCCAAGAGCUUUCCAUAAAGGAUGUGCAUCCUUGCCUAGUGUUCCUCGUGGUAAAUGGUAUUGCAAAUAUUGUGAAAAUAUGUUCCAGAGGGAGAAGUUUGUGGAGCACAAUGCAAAUGCUUUAGCAGCAGGAAGGGUCUCUGGUAUUGAUUUAAUAGAGCAGAUAACGAAACGUUGCAUUCGUAUUGUUAAAAACCCAGAAGAAGCAGAAGUUAUUGCAUGUGUAAUAUGCAGAGGUUAUGAUUUUAGCAGGUCUGGUUUUGGUCCACGCACAGUUAUACUGUGUGACCAGUGUGAGAGGGAAUAUCACAUUGGUUGCUUGAAAAAACAUAAGAUGGCUGAUCUUAAGGAAUUGCCAAAAGGCAAAUGGUUCUGUUGCACUGAUUGCAAGAGGAUAUAUUUAGCACUGCAGAAUUUGCUUAACUCUGGAGAUGAGAAAUUGCCAGAUACUUGUUUGGAUAUAGUAAGGGCAAAGGAAAUGGAAAAAGGUAUCGAUUCUAUUGGUGAUACUGAUGUGAGAUGGAGACUUCUAAGUGGCAAAAUGACAUCUCGUGAAACCAGGGUUCUGCUCGCAGAAGCCGUCGCAAUUUUCCAUGACUGCUUUGAUCCUAUUGUUGAUUCAGUAACAGGGCGUGAUUUCAUUCCAUCUAUGGUUUAUGGAAGGAACAUUAGGGGGCAAGACUUUGGAGGCAUGUACUGUGCAAUAUUGACUCUAAACUCCACCGUAGUAUCAGCUGCCAUCCUCCGUGUUUUUGGUAGAGACACAGCAGAAAUUCCUCUAGUUGCAACGCGUAUUGGGAACCAAGGGAAGGGUUACUUUCAACUGCUAUUUUCGUGCAUAGAGAAAUUGUUCGCAUUUUUGAAUGUGAAAACCUGUGUUCUCCCAGCUGCUGAUGAAGCAAUUUCAAUAUGGACAGAAAAAUUUGGAUUCAAAAAGAUACCUCCAGAUCAGCUUGCGAGUUACAGGAGGAUAUGCUGGCAGAUGAUUACCUUUAAAGGAACAUCUAUGCUAGAAAAAAUGGUCCCCAAAUGUAGAAUUAUUCGGCAAGAGGAAGUGGAAACGGAAACGGCAACUGCAACUGGUGCUGUGGUGCAGCAAGAAAGUAGAAUGGAGACAUAAGCCGGCCAUUUUCUAGAGUAAUUUGUGAAUGAUUGGAGAUGAGGUUAUUUAUUUUGUUGAAAAGAGGGUGGUGAAUGCAAGUGUUGAUAAUUAGAGAGAGAUUUAGAGGAUUAGAAAUACCUACCUGUAGAAGUCGUUUUUGUAAAGUUAAAAGACACCAAAAAACAAACUUGUUUUGGGGUUUUGAUAUUGCCCCCCCCCCUGUAUAACUCUGUUUAUCCCGCUUCCAGUCAAUGUAGUCUUUCAGU